AGUAUCGACUUUUUACUCUAAUUUACUUAAGCAUUAUUACUUUCCUGCAGAACGGUUUGGCAAUUUUGUUAACAAAUGAAAUGCACAUUAGAUGAUGGAAGCACAAAAGUCUUUGCUAAAGCGGUGCAAUCACUUUCAAAGUUUGGCGGCGAUUUGUUCGUGGAGGCCAAUAAAGAUGGAAUGCAAUUACGUACUUUGAAUUCAACGAAAUCUGCAGUUGGGACAUACCGUUUCAGUAGAAGCUUCUUCGACUGCUACGAGGUUAUCCUAAAUGAAGAAAGCUAUUGUAAACUUGACAUGAGGGCUUGCCUUACUGUGUUCCGCAGCACGAAGCAGGUAGAACGUUGUGAUAUGACGUAUUUAAGCGACAAUGCAAAGUUUCAAAUACAGCUAAAGUGCCAACAUGAAACACUUAAGAAUACUUUUAUAUCGGUCGAUGAGGAGGAGAAUAUAACAGCAGAAAUGGCACCUGAAAGCACAUGCAACAAUAUUCGUGGGUCACAUAAGAUCUUCACUGAAAUAUCAAAUAACUUCAAUCCAGCAGAGGAAGAGAUCACGCUAGAAGCACAAAUUAAAAAAAUCAGUAUCAAAAACUAUGUGGAGGGAUCAAGAGUUAAUGAGAAAUUUAUGCGAUCUCAGUUACAAUUAAAUGCCGAAGAGUUCGAAGAUUACAAGAUAGGAAAGGAAACAUCUAUAACAUUUUGCUUGAAAGAAUUUAGAGCUUUUUUAAUAUUUGCUGAGGCAUUAAACGAAAAUGUAUGUCUUCAAUUCACCGAGGCCGGUAGUCCCGUGUUUAUGGGCAUAACAUACAGAGAUGAAAUUCACUGCCUACUUAUCAUGUCAACUUUGUCACCGGAAGAAAUAAGCUUUACUGAUAGUUGUCAAGAAACAGACGUCCAAGAUAACACAAUGAAAAAAGUUCACAAGCGGAGACUGGUAAAUACAAAGGCAAUUAGUCAAUCUAAAAGUCUUAAACAAGAUUUACAGAAGUGCAUUGCAGAAGAAUCAACACUAAGCAAUAGCUCAUCCUUAUUUAAUUUCGAAAGACAUAGUAAUAAGGAUAGUUUUUCUUCCUUUGUGGCUAUUCCUCGAAACCAAGGUCAACCGAUAACGGCCAUAUCCGGGUCCGAUGCGAGUAUGGUUUUACUGCCAUCAGUAUCUGGGGAAUCAGACCGAUCGCAGACAACACAUCGCCAACAAAAUUAUGCUUCAACUGGAUGUGAAACGGAUAUAACUAAUAUGCUGAGGCCAAUAAGCGGUGACGAUGUAGAUUGCAUUCCAGAGUCUCCAAAGCGCCAAGAAAGGGCGAAUUUGCGUACUAUAUUUUCUCGUUGUUUUCAUUCCACUUACGUACCAGUGGAACCUUCAAUGGGUAGUCAGAUAUAUGCUCCAGCUUCAGAUACAGAAGAUUGAAAAUAAAUUCACAUACAAAUUAAUAAUUUUAUUUUUAUUUUUCUGUACAAAAUUAGAGGUUAAUAUUCGUUAAAAAGUUUGUAGUGAAAACAUUAGAAUUUUUUUCAUGCAGCUGCUUUAUAUUCAUCUGAGAGUUUUUUAACGAACUUAAUACUGACUGCAAGGUUACCUGAAAUAAAAAUAUAUAAAUUACUCAAACA